CUCCACCCUCGAUAAACCUCAUGUGACCUUGAACGCUUUCUGACCAGCAACAUCAAAAUUUUCCUCAAUUUCUUCGAUACCCACAUCCCUUCCCUUUUCUCACCCCCAAUUUCGCAAUCCCAAUUCUAUUCUAUUUCGUGAAGAAAUAGAAACCCCAGUUGUUCAUUUCAAGAAUCCCCAUAUUAUAAUCCACCCAUAUCGGGCGAAAGAGGUGGGUUGAACCUUUUGGGGGUUUGGAAAAUGUCAACGAUGCAAGGUGAUGAAUUGAACAUUUUCUUUGAUAAAUUGGUGGUGUUUGGAGGUGGGUCUAGGGUUAUUACGGAAUGGAAAGAUAUUCCGAUGGAGCUUUUGAUGAGGAUUGUGUGUUUGUUGGAUGAUCGGACGGUGAUUGUUGCUUCUGGAGUUUGUAGUGGAUGGAGGGAUGCUAUUUGUUUGGGGCUUACUCAUCUUUCACUCUCUUGGUGCACAAACAAUAUGAACAACCUGGUGCUUUCUCUAGCUCCCAAAUUCACAAAUCUAAGGGUUUUGAACCUUCGGCAAAAAGAUAAACCGCUGCUUGAUGAUAAUGCAGUCGAGACCAUUGCUAAUAACUGUCAUGAUUUGGAGGAUCUUGACCUUAGCAAGAGCUUUAAACUUGGUGAUCAGUCCCUUUAUGCUUUGGCUCGAGGCUGUCCAGAACUUACUAAGCUCAACAUCAGUGGCUGCUCCGGUUUUAGUGACCAUGGUCUCAAGUUUCUUAGUGGCUACUGUAGAAAGUUGAAGGUUUUGAACCUUUGUGGGUGUGUGAAAGCGGCCACUGAUAAGGCCCUGAAGUCUAUAGGAUACAACUGUCGACAACUUGAGUCGAUAAAUCUUGGUUGGUGCGAGGGAGUUGGUGAUGUUGGAGUGAUGAGUUUAGCUUAUGGGUGUCCUGAUCUCCAUGCUAUUGAUUUGUGUGGCUGUGUCUUUAUAACAGAUGAGAGUGUGAUAGCAUUGGCAAACAAUUGCUUACAUCUUAGGUCUCUUGGCCUAUACUAUUGUCAAAACAUCACGGACCGGGCAAUGUACGCUUUGGCCCACAGCCGAGUAAAAAACAGACAUGAAGUAUUAUGGGAAUCUGUCAAAACCCGAUACGAGGAAGAAGGCCUCAUGAACCUAAACAUCAGUCAAUGCACGGCUCUAACACCACCCGCUGUUCAAGCACUCUGCGAUUCAUUUCCUGCGCUUCAUACCUGCCCGGGUAGGCAUUCUCUCAUAAUAAGUGGCUGCUUGAACUUAACCUCGGUCCACUGCACUUGUCGUACCGUUACGCCUUAUUCUCGUUCCGCUCAGGUCUGAUAAAUGGUCAGUUGGUAUCAAUCAUGUGUACAUAGUUGGUUUACUUGAAGAAUUAUGGAUGUUGGGACUUUUACAUGUGGGAAACUUUUUUUCUAGUACAUAAAUAAUAUAAACUGAGCCCAUUCAUUUCCCUUUC